UGCUGCUUCCGGCUAGAGGGGAGGGGGGGUCAGUGCAGAGUCAGCUGGGGAGGAGGGGGCGGGAGGAGGAGCGCGAGCCGGAGCCGGAGCAGGAACCGCCAGCGAGCCGGCCCCGGGAGCCCCCGCACCGCCAUGGGUAACAUCUUCGGGAACCUGCUGAAGAGCCUGAUCGGCAAGAAGGAGAUGCGCAUCCUGAUGGUGGGGCUGGACGCGGCCGGGAAGACCACCAUCCUCUACAAGCUGAAGCUGGGCGAGAUCGUCACCACGAUCCCCACCAUCGGCUUCAACGUGGAGACUGUCGAGUACAAGAACAUCAGCUUCACCGUGUGGGACGUGGGCGGCCAGGACAAGAUCCGGCCCCUGUGGCGGCACUACUUCCAGAACACCCAGGGGCUGAUCUUCGUGGUGGACAGCAAUGACCGGGAGCGGGUGAACGAGGCGCGCGAGGAGCUGAUGCGGAUGCUGGCCGAGGAUGAGCUGCGGGACGCUGUGCUCCUCGUCUUCGCCAACAAGCAGGACCUGCCCAACGCCAUGAACGCGGCGGAGAUCACGGACAAGCUGGGCCUGCACUCCCUGCGUCACCGCAACUGGUACAUCCAGGCCACGUGUGCCACCAGCGGCGACGGGCUCUACGAGGGCCUGGACUGGCUGGCCAACCAGCUGAAGAACAAGAAGUGAGCGUGAGCUGCCCCCCCGCGCUGCGAGGGGCCGGGCGGAGCCGCCCUUCUGCCCACCCCCUCUCAGGCUGGCAGGACCCGUCGGCUCUUCCCCCCUCCCCUCUCGUUGGGUUUUGCUUUCUUUCCGGCACCGGUUGCUGUGGGUUUGAUUUGGGGUCUCGGUUCUGGUCCCCUCCCCUCCCCUGGGGUUUGCACGGAUCUCGGGGGGUGUGCGCGUGUGAUGAAUAUAUCGAUAUAUAAAUAUAUGGGGGGGCGGGAGGCAUCUGCUUCUGUGCUGGGGCAGCCCCCUGCCGUCGGGGGGGCGCCGACGGCCCCGCGUGGAGCAGUGGCCUUUCUUUUGUGUUGUUUUUCUGUUGUUCUUGGUGCCCUGUGACGUGACUCUAAACACGGAGGUGAAUUCCUCAAGGCAGCUUUAAGCUUCUGGGGGGGGGGGGGGGGGGCCGCUGGGGGAGUCGUUCCUGGGUCUCAUCCCAUUCCAUCUUUCACGGGGGUGGGAGGGAGUUGUAUCACUUGCUAGGGCAGUGCCCCCUGCUGGCAACACGGUCCUUCCCCCCCCACCCCCCUCGCACAUUCCCAGCCCCCCUGCACCACGCUGUACAGACACGAGGCAGGGCUGGCAGAGCUGGUGGGGGACCGGCCAGUGCAGACUCUGGGGUUCCCGAGGGGCCAGAGAGGGGCCAGGCCGGGGGCAGCAGGGGGCUGUGGAUUCAGUGGCAGAAUCGGGACCAUGGAGGAAAUUGCCCCCCCAGCCUCUCCCCCCUCCCCCCACCAGGUUUCAGACGCUGCCGGACCCAGCGUCCCCGUGCGCUUCCCUGUGUCUCCACUGGGGCGGCGCCCCGACAGCACCCACAGCUGCUCAGUGACUCCCCCAAGGUUGCCCCAGAGCUUGCUGCGGGGCCCCCGGUUCGCCCCCCCCCCCCACCAAAUCAAGUCACUUCAAGAGGCAGGAUUCCUCCCCUGCAGCCCCCCCCGUUCCCCAGGACCCGCCUCCUCGGCAGCAGUGGGGGGCACUCCGGUUAUCACGACUUCCUGCGGUGGGGACACCCCGAGAAGCGCCUGUUGGGCUAAGCAGGGAUUUUGGGGAGAUGCAUCAGGGACCCCCGCUGCCCCCCCCAGGACUUGCCCAUAGCAGAGGGGUGGGAGCACCUCAGCUCAGGUUGGGCUGGGUAAUUAGCGGCUGUUUCUCAGUGGGCUGGUUACCAAGGAGUGUGUUGUUUUUUCCUUUGUCCCAUCCCAGUAGUCAUGCAUGCGACCCCCCCCCCCAAGAUGAGGGAAAUUGGGCCUCACCCACUCCCCCCGGCUUGGGGAGCCACCUAACCAGCCAGCAGGGGGCAGCGAUUCGCAAGCGACUCCUGCGCCUUGAACCCCCCCCCGUGUGCAGCACAGUGAUUGUAAUGAGAACCAACACCCCCUCCCUCCCCCCCGGGGCGGGCGGACGGACUGUCAGCUCCUCCCCAGCACAUGUAUUUAUACCCCCGGUCUCUGCUUGGUGUGACGUUGCCCGUGGUUCUGCCCUGGGAUGUGGCCUGUGUGUCUAGCACCCCCCCCCCCAGCUCUCGGGGUGCUGGAUACACGAGGACUCCUGUACCCCCUUGAAUAUUAAACAUGUUUUAUGUA